UGAUGGUUGUAUACCGUGUUUGAACUCACGGGGGAAACCGUAAGUGGUGCAGAGAGAGAAGAGAGAGGGCGCGGGUGCGACUUCAGUCGCGUGCAAUGCACGCUCUCGGUCGUUCGGUAGUAGGGUUUAUCGAGGUCUGUUAAUUAUCAUAUGAAAUUGCUUGCGAUCGAAAAUGUGCAAGAUGCACGAAAAAGAGUAAAAAGGAAUUUGUGAGAUCGAGUCAGUGACAUCGCGUCGUGCAAUGAAACUUGACGGCAAAUUCACGACGGUGGAAAAACGCGAUCGACUCGCAACUGCAAAAAUUGUCAACGGGAAAGAGAGAGCCCACGUGCGAGCAAUGAAAGACGGCACGAAUGAUGGAGCUUUUGCUCGUGAUUGCGAUGAUAGCACUAUGAGAGCGUCGCGCGAUUUAUGAUCUCGAUUGCAAUCGCGCGGAAUUAGAAUCGACGGAGUAGAAACAGAGAUGUGAUCGGCGCGGUGCAAUUUAAUACGAUGAGAUUUACAGUUUGUUGGCACGUCUGCGCUGGUCGAGAAAAUCGCGAUUAAAACCUCGCAUAGAACGGGAAACACUGUUAAGGACUGGAGAACGAGAAAGGAAAAAAAAGGGGGAGAUAAAACAGCAAGCGAGGAGACGUUUCGUUAUUGAACGAAUGUCUCCGGCAUCGGAAAGUCGGCAUCAAAACAACGCGAGAAAAAUGUCGCUUUCGACUUUCAAUCCUUAACAAUUUGGUAAAGCGGAAGAGUGGAACAUUACGACAUUAAGCAUUUAUCGAAUCCUCAUGUGCGACGAUCUUAAAGGCAAGAAGAUAAGACGAAGAUGAGACUGUUGUGUUUAUUGGUGUGUAUUUAAUGGCACAAUUAGUGGCCACGAGAGUGAGGAAUACAUUAAGUUCAUUUUCUACGUGCCUUCCUUGGAGAUUAUCAGUUAACAGUAUGAGAGACAAGUUUACAUUUGGCUCGGGAGUGCCGGACAUGCACGAGACCCUGUCCAGCUUCCCGGAACAGUUCGGGGACAGUCCGAGGAAGUCGGAAAUAAAGCCGGAAAUUCUGAAGGAAACGGACAAUCUGACAUGUGGUUGGUUCUGGUUCAGGCCGGUUUACCUGCAGAGAUUUCGUACUGCAAAAUGGGCGCUUUUCUGGUUAUGUUGGGCCGGAGCGAUGCAAGGGAUGGUCGUGAACGGUUUCGUGAACGUUGUUAUAACGACGAUAGAGAGGAGGUUCGGAUUAAAGUCGUCGGAGACCGGGUUGAUAGCAGGCGGCUACGACAUCGCCAGCUUCCUUCUGCUCGUGCCAGUAAGCUAUCUCGGCGGCCGUGCAAAAGCAUCAAAACCGAGGUACAUUGGCAUAGGUGUUCUAGUCUUAGGUAUAGGGAGUCUGCUAUUUGCAUCUCCGCAUUAUCUCGCCGGUCCGUACAGAGGCGGUCAGCAAAAGGAGAACGUAUGUCGAAAUGUGGCCAAUGCGUCGAGCCAUUCGAUCUCCUGCACGGAUCAAUCUACCGUUCAAGCGGAGCUAGAGCCUUACAGUGGCGUGUACUUAACCAUAUUUCUGGUAGCUCAGCUGUUACAUGGCGCCGGUGCGGCACCCUUUUAUACCCUUGGAGUUACAUAUCUCGACGAAAAUGUCUCGAAGAAGAUGUCUUCAGUCUAUCUAGGUAUUUAUUAUACUAUGGCCAUAAUAGGACCAGCAUUAGGAUAUGUCAUCGGUGGUGAAUUAUUAAAAAUUUACACGGACUUUCUUACGAUAGAUUCUUCAACGAUCGGACUGAUUCCCGACAGUAAUGUUUGGAUUGGCGCAUGGUGGAUCGGUUUCUUGGCGGCAGCUGUCAUCUGUUUUGUUAUCGCAAUACCUGUUCUGGCAUUUCCAGCAGCUUUACCUGGAUCGGAGGAAUUAGCUAAAGACAGAGUGUCAGAGGCACACGAGAAAUCGACACGGUCUACCGCUGGUACGGGGGAAGCGUUUUCCAAAAUACGAGAGCUGCCACGCGCCCUGACUGAGCUGCUCGGAAAUCCAGCAUUCUUCAUGCUGAACCUGGCAGGUGCCAGUGAAGGGUUGCUGAUCGCCGGAUUUGCCGCCUUCCUGCCGAAACUGAUUGAAAAUCAAUUUAGCGUCAGCGCCAGCUCGGCCGCGCUACUGAUGGGAUUAGUAACUGUACCGGCGGGAGGCGGUGGUACUUUCCUCGGUGGCUAUCUAAUAAAACGCUUUAACUUGCCCUGUUCUGGCAUUUUAAAGUUUUGUUUGCUAGCCACAGCUGCCUGUAUCGCUUUUACACUCUGUUUCGCUCUAAACUGCCCAAACUUGGACUUUGCCGGAUUGACUGUGCCCUAUCAGAACAAUACAAAUUUCAUCAAGUACUUAAAAAUCGCGUUAUCUCUGGAAAACAAUUGCAAUAAAGGCUGCGGAUGCUCGAGGUCACAAUUUGAUCCAAUAUGCGGAGUCGAUGGAAUCACGUACUAUUCGCCUUGCCACGCCGGAUGUUACCAAGAAACACUAAUAAACGACGUCAAGGUAUAUAUGGACUGCAGUUGUAUACACGCACCGGCAAUGAAUCUAACGACUAGCGACACAGGCAAUAUUGUUCAGUAUGAAGCUAUCAACACUACCUGUAGCAGUACAUGUUCAUAUCUGUGGCUGUUCAUCGUUCUGGCAUUUUGCAACAUGUUCAUGACUUUUCUGUGCACAAUGCCGGCACUCUCAUCCACAUUACGAGUUGUGCGUGAUGAUCAACGCUCAUUUGCUCUAGGCGUACAGUGGAUUAAAGUACGAAUUUUGGGCACGAUACCGGCGCCCAUGGUAUUCGGUGCUCUUAUAGAUGACACAUGCAUUUUGUGGAACGAGACAUGUGAGGGUAGAGGCGCGUGUCUCGUCUAUGACAAUUACUAUAUGAGCAGAUACAUGCUUGCUCUGGCUUUUAUUGGAAAGGCAGCUUCGCUCCUUUUCUUUUUCCUAGCGUGGUGGACGUACGUUCCACCAGGCGGUAGAGGUAUCAACGAAAACUCUCGGCAGCAAACCGCAGCCACUCUAAUGCUGAGCGACACGUCUCAAGAAGCUCAAAUAGUACCGAUCCCGUAAAUUUGGAUUACUUUGUACCUUCAUAAAGUUAUCCUCUUAGAAUUGCUACUUUGCGGGACAACAAAGAUAAUUUAUCAUUGGGAUAAACAAAUAUUCUAACCCCCUUUUUUUAUACGGCGAGCCGUUGUGUAGCCGUAGAUAAAAACGAUUUAAAAGUAUGGGAAGUCACAAACAGGUAGGCAAAUAUCAAGUUAUCAAUAUGAAAGAUAUUGAUUGCGGCAAUUCUCGCGGAAAACGGUAUUUCUCUUUUGCACGUUGAAAAGAUGAUGAAUUUUUAUACCUACAUAUAUAUCUACACACGUACACGCACAUAUGUCUCAGCUUGAAAGUCGAUUAAGAAAUAUGAAGAUGUGUCCCAACAUGCCAAAAAGCUUACAUUGAGAAAAAAUCUAUUGGAUCAACAAAAUUGUUUAAACAAAUCAAGAAUUAAAACAUUGAAUUUAAUGAAUAAAUUCAACUCAAGUAAUUAUUAUAACAAAAGUUACAACAUUAAUGCAAUUCGUUAACACUUAUUCAAUUUAUUCAACGAAUAUUGUAUUUAUUUUUAAGAUGAAACGGUUGAUUCUUUCAAUCCACUUUCAACUACUCUUUUUCUCAAUGUAUGGUACUCGAAAUUCAUCAAGUUUCUCCAGUAAUAGAGAAACAGUUGUAUCGCUUGUAAAUGUAAGUUAAAUAUCCAGUCUGUGCAGCUCGAAUUUACGAGCUUUAUUUAUACAAUGUGAAUUUUUGUAACAUUUACCUUAACAUUUACUGCGCGCGCAAUUGUCAAUUAAAAAUCUAUUAGCCUUUCAGCAUUUUCUAUGAUGGUAACUAUAUAUCAAUAGCAUUUUAUAUUCAGAGGAAAACGCAACGUACGUACGUAUAAAUUUCGGAUUGUACUAAUACAUGUCACAUAUGUUAUAUCGUACGUCAAUUUGAUAUCGCGAAAAUUCUGCGUCAUUUUUCACUGUAAUUAUUUUUAUUAAACGACGACGAUGCAAACAUAUGCCUAAAGCACGUAUUAUAUAUAUAUGUCACAAAUAAAUGAAAGCAUUUACAUACA